GUCGCAAUACCACAGGUCGCAACUUUGGACUCACUGGCUCACUGCUGCUGGGACAGCGCCAAACGUCAAGAUCGCAACCAGCGACUACUUAACACUUUUUGACGUCAUCGGGUGGAUAUCGAGGGACCACUUUUUCAGGCGCGGUAACGCGGUGAACACACCAGGCGGAGACGCAAGAAGUUUGAAGUCAACAAAAGCCAAAAACGCGACUGAACGUGACGUCAGUGACGGUUCAAGUUUUUGUAGUUCGUGCGGUUUGUGCAUUGCUCCGAUUCGUCAAUCCCGUCAAUCAGAAUACUACGUAGAAUACUUGAACACGCCUUGGCCACCUUGGCUGCCUUGGCCACCGGUCACCCCACUAACCCCACCCCCAUUUGUCGAGUAGAACGUCUGUGUAACAUGGAGGCUGUAAAGACUUAUUUGGCGGCAUUGGACAACAGUAACACACGAGAUGAAGCAGUGGACACAGCCAAAGACUAUUCAAUUUCUCACGGAAUGUGUAUGAUUUCUAAAUCCGGAGGGCGUGAUUGCUGGACGUUCGUGCCUUUUUGCUUGCUGCCGUCGCCGUUUCCGAGAAAUCAUUACCUUCAGCUAAAGUCACUCCAACGCGAUGUGAAUUUGCUCAUGCACAGAGUGGCGCAUGAUCACGAGUUCUUGGAGAACUGCCUCCAGGGUGCAAUAGAGACGGACAAGUUCACGGCGUCCAUCUACAGGAUUUACGAGCAAGUUCGUGAGAAGGGCUUCCCUCAGCCUCUAAGUCUUGGCUUGUUGAGAAGUGAUUAUUUCUUGGAUGUUGGCACUGCUGAAAACAGGAAGAUGGGUGUUGCUAAACAAGUUGAAGUGAACACGAUUGCUGCAAGCUAUGGUGGUUUAUCACCAAUACUUCAAAACCAACAGAAGCAUACCCUCAAGAACCUCGGCCUUCGCAUGCAUGAGGAUCAUAUGCCAGAAAAUAAAUCGGACGAGCAGUUGGCUAAAGGACUCGUUGCAGCUUGGAGCGCUUACAAGAAGGAGAAGGCAGUCAUCAUGUUUGUAGUGGAAGAAACAACGUACAAUAUCUGCGACCAGAGGAUGAUUGAAUAUGCCAUCACUAAGCUGGAACCACAGAUUAAAGUGAUACGUCGGAGGUUUUCGGAACUUGUGAACUGUUCUCUGAAAGAAGGAAAUCUGAUCGUGGAUGGCGAUGAAGUUGCAGUUGUGUACUACCGGACCGGUUACUCUCCAGAACAGAUGAAUGAGAAGAACUGGGAAAUCCGACUUCUGAUCGAGAUGUCCUUUGCCAUCAAGUGCCCAUCGGUGCAGUAUCACCUUGCAGGAACCAAGAAAGUGCAGCAAGUUCUGGCCACGCCUGGUUCGCUUGACCGCUUCUUCAUGAACAAAGCGACUGUGGAUCGCCUGCGAAACACCUUUGCCGGGCUUUACUCCCUUGACCUGACCCCGGAAGGCCACAAAGCAGCGGAAAAGGCUAUAGCCAACCCAACUGCCUAUGUUCUGAAGCCACAGAGAGAAGGUGGAGGCCACAAUGUCUACGGAGAAAAGGUAAAGCAAGAACUGCUGGCUCUAGGCAGAACCAAGGAGCGGGAAGGCUACAUCCUCAUGGAUCUUAUCACGCCCCCCGUGAACACCAACUACAUUGUUCGUCCUGGUUUUAACGUGGAACUUGCGAAUGUAGUCAGCGAGCUGGGAAUCUUCGGGGUCAUUCUUGGAGAUCAAGAUGAAGUGCUGGAGAAUUAUGAAGCAGGAUUUAUUGUGCGCUCCAAGACAACCGGAACUUCUGAAGGAGGAAUAUCAGCUGGAUAUGGAGUCCUAGACUCUCUGCUUUUAGUCUAGCUCUAAGAUAGAGUGUUGGCUCAUACUUUCUACAGUUUUCUAUUUGGGAGUGAAGUCUGCGGUAGUUUAGAAAGGUACAAGGUUUAGAUUGUAAUGUCCACACUCAAGUGCUGCCUUCUAGAGAAACUGUACACCAAAAUAUGAUGGAUAGAUUUCGAGAGAUACAUACACGCACAUACACUUGCUAUUCAAAUUGCUUAUAUAUAUUCAGGAGCUUUUCUUUUUCUCCCUUAAUAAUUGAUCACCCAUUUUUAAUGUCGAGAUCUCUGGGUACAUUCCAGUUUGUUAGUGGGUUGUUCUGGUCUGUAAUGACAUGAGCAAGAAUAUAUAUUUUUGUUAUCAA